UUUUUUGCUUUUCUUUAAAUGGGAGUACAGUUCCUGAUAUAAUAUCACUUACAGGAAACUGCUGUUAUUGCAUAAACUGGUCUGGGUUUACCUGUUGUGUGACAGUAAAUUCUUCAAAUUUCUCAUAAAGUAGUUGAACCCACCCACAUCCAAAACACACGCCAAUGAAAAACCUCAGAAUAAGCUUUUUGAUUGAAUCAGAGAUAAACAUUAUGGAAGGUGGGGCCAGAGAACCACUGAUAAAUGUGGCAGUUCUUACUUUAUAUCUCAUUAAACCUGACAGUGAAGGAAACAGCAGUGAUAUCACAGACCAGAAGAUAAGGAUGAAGAUUAACACAGCUUUAUGUAUUGCCGGAACCAUACUUCUCAACAUAGCAGGUUCCCUCUGCCAGUUAGAUGUAUGUGGUCAAGCCCCCCUCAAAAACAAGAUUGUUGGAGGGGAGGAUGCAACAGCAGGGUCUUGGCCGUGGCAAGUCAGCAUUCAUGACAGCCGCUAUGGAAGCCAUUUCUGUGGUGGGAGUCUAAUCAAUAAAGACUGGGUUUUAUCUGCAGCUCACUGCUUCCAGGAUUUCACUGAUUACAUUAAGCCAGUCUGUCUGGCGGCUGCUGGUAGUGUAUUUGCUGGAGGUACAGAGAGCUGGGUGACUGGAUGGGGAACUCUACAGGCUGGAGGAGAGCCUUCAGACACACUGCAGGAGAUUAUGUUACCAAUUGUAAACAACAGUGCCUGUUAUAAUGCUUAUGGAGGGGGCAUCACAAGCGAAAUGAUUUGUGCUGGAUUUUUAAAUGUGGCAGGGAAAAGUUCAUGUCAGGGAGACUCUGGAGGUCCAAUGGUCAUUAGGAACAGCUCCCGGUGGGUUCAGUCCGGCAUUGUGAGUUUUGGUGCACAACGAUGUGAUGACCCCAGAUAUCCCAGUGUGUCCACCAGAGUUUCUCAGUUCCAGGACUGGAUUAAGUCUUACAUGGGCAGCAACCUUCCUGGAUUUGUUGCGUCCAGUGGAUCCAGAAGUUCACUCAACCUCCUUUUGUUUCCCUUUUUUCUCACAUUCUCCGUCAUUCCUUUCACCUUCUCCCUGUAUCUCUCUUCCUAAAUAUAGUUUGAACAGUAAUUCUCAUGGUUCUUUGAUGAAGAGGACCAUGCUUUCACACAGGUGAAAAGAGCAGUUAUAUUGUUAUUUUUGUCAUUUAUUCUUUAUCUUUUCAAUAAUGUACUGUUCUUGAAAAGCUAUCCUGACAUUAUAAGAGCGUAAAUGAAUGAGGUUGAGCAUGCUUGUAUCCUCUGAGAUUCAGGAUGUUUGCAUAACUAGUGUGAUCAGGGAUACUGGUUGUUGAAAAUGUAAUCAAUUACCAUGUUGUAAUCACACUUUCUUAACAUAAAAAUACAAAAGAAGGAACUGACUUGGGGAAGGUUCUCUCUCUCUUUCUCUCUCGCUCCAAAAUCUUUUGCAACAUAAAAAAAAUCAUUGUUGAUCAAUUUACAUCAUUGCUGAAUGAACUUAU